AUGUCAAGCCGUUUCUGGCCAUUGGAAGAGGUGAGCUUCAUCUAUCCUCUCCACAUCGAGAUGCUGAUUUUAAACAGCCCUUACGACGGCAAAACUUGGAAUGACGCAGAUGAUAUUCAGAUCGAUCAUAUGGUACCGCUGGCCAAUGCAUGGAGAUCCGGAGCGUCGGAAUGGACAAUUGAUGAGCGAGAAGCAUUCGCGAACGACCUCGUCCGUCCGCAGCUCUGGGCUGUAACAGGCACGGUCAAUAACGAUAAAAGUGAUUCAAGUCCUGACGAAUGGAAACCACCUCUGAGCAGCUUCUACUGUGAAUAUGCAUCGUCCUGGGUUGCGGUGAAGGAUAACUACAACCUUACCAUCACGUCUGCCGAGAAGACAGCACUGUCAGACAUGUUGGAUAGCUGCUGA